AUGCCGUGCGUCCGCUGGGGGAGCUGCCGCCGGCCGCCCGCGGUCGCGGCGCCCGUCUCGACCCCGACCCCCGACGGCGGCGCCAAGAGGCCCCGGCUGCGGGCGCUGAAGAAGAUGGGCCUGAUGGAGGACGAGGAUGUGCGCACCAUGCUGCGGGGCUCCCGGCUCUGCAAGAUCCGCUCGCGGCGGUGGCACAAAGAGCGGCUGUACCAGCUGCAGGAGGACGGCCUGAGCGUGUGGUUCCAGCGGGGCUUCCCGCGCGCGCCAUCGCAGCACGUCUUCUACCUGCAGCACAUCGAGGACGUCCGCCAGGGCCACCAGUCCGAGGGCCUGCGGCGCUACGGGGGCGCCUACGAGCCGGAGCGCUGCCUCACCAUCGCCUUCAAGGGCCGUCGCAAGAACCUGGACCUGGUGGCGCCCACGGCGGAGGAGGCGCAGUGCUGGGUGCGCGGCCUGGCCAAGCUGCGCGCCAGCCUCAGCACCAUGAGCCAGCUCGAGCGCCUCGACCACUGGAUCUACUCCUACCUGCAGCGGGCGGACUCGGACCAGGACAGCAAGAUGAGCUUCAAGGAGAUCAAGAGCCUGCUCCGAAUGGUCAACGUGGACAUGAACGACAUGUACGCCUACAGCCUCUUCAAGGAGUGUGACCACUCCAACAACGAGCGGCUGGAGGGGCCCGAGAUUGAGGAGUUUCUGCGGCGGCUGCUGAAGCGCCCCGAGCUGGAGGAGCUCUUCCAUCGGUACUCAGGCGAGGACCAGCUGCUGAGCGCCCCUGAGCUGCUGGACUUCCUGGCAGACCAGGGCGAGGACGGGGCCACCCUGGCCCAUGCCGAGCAGCUCAUCCAGACCUACGAGCUCAACGAGAUAGCCAAGCAGCAUGAGCUGAUGACGCUGGAUGGCUUCAUGAUGUACCUGCUGUCACCUGAGGGGGCGGCCCUGGACCCGGCCCACACGAGAGUGUUCCAGGACAUGCACCAGCCCCUGGCCCACUACUUCAUCUCCUCCUCCCACAAUACCUAUCUGACCACCUCUCAGAUUGAGGGGGCCAGCAGCACCGAGGCCUAUGUUAGGGCCUUUGCCCAGGGAUGCCGCUGUGUGGAGCUGGAUUGCUGGGAGGGGCCGGGAGGGGAGCCUGUCAUCUACCACGGCCACACAUUCACCUCCAAGAUCCUCUUCCGGGACGUGAUCCAGGCCGUGCGAGACUAUGCCUUCACAGUAUCCCCUUAUCCCGUCAUCCUGUCCCUUGAGAACCACUGCGGCUUGGAGCAGCAGGCGACCAUGGCCCGCCACCUCCGCACCAUCCUGGGGGACAUGCUGGUGACGCAGGCACUGGACCCCAAGAACCCGGAAAAGCUGCCGUCUCCAGAGCAGCUGAAGGGCAGGGUCCUGGUGAAGGGGAAGAAGCUGCCUGCCGCCAGGAGGGAAGGCACGCACAUUCUGUCAGGCUGGGAGGAGGAAGAGGAGGAAGGAUCGGAGGCAGAGCUGACAGAUCAGAAGCAGCUGGCCAAGCAGGUCUCCCCGGAGCUGUCCGACCUGGUUGUGUACUGCCGUGCCACCCACCUGCGGGCCCUGCGCCCCACCCCCGCCCUGGCACAGCCCUGCCUGGUCAGCUCCCUUGGCGAGCGCAAGGCCAAGAAGUUCAUCCGAGAGGCAGGGAACAGCUUCGUCAGGCACAACACCUGCCAACUGACCCGUGUCUACCCGCGCGGGCUUCGGGUGAACUCGGCCAACUACAACCCCCAGGGGAUGUGGAACUCGGGCUGCCAGCUGGUGGCCCUGAACUUCCAGACGCCAGGCUACGAGAUGGACCUCAAUACCGGGCGCUUCCUCGUCAAUGGGCAGUGCGGCUACAUCCUGAAACCUGCCUGCUUGCGGCAGCCCAACACAACGUUUGACCCCGAGUACCCCGGCCCCCCCAGAACAACUCUCACCAUCCAGGUGCUGACGGCACAGCAGCUGCCCAAGCUGAACGCUGAGAAGCCAAGCUCCAUCGUGGACCCCCUGGUGCGCGUUGAGAUCCAUGGGGUGCCCGAAGACUGUGAUCGGAGGGAGACCCCUUACGUGCUCAACAACGGCUUCAACCCCAGCUGGAAAAAGACCCUGCAGUUCCAGCUGCGGGCUCCGGAGCUGGUGCUGGUGCGGUUUGUGGUGGAGGAUUACGACACCAUGUCCCCCAAUGACUUCGUGGGCCAGUUCACGCUGCCUCUCUACAGCCUGAAGCAAGGGUACCGCCACAUCCACCUGCUUUCCAAGGACGGGGCCUCAUUGUCACCGGCCUCGCUCUUCAUCCACAUCAGCAUCCAGAACUCCUGACCCCGGCUGAUCUGCCCCGGGGCCUGCGGGGUCAGGCGCUCUCCCUUGCAGUGGAGGGGCGGAGGGAGAGCCGCUCUGCCAGCCUGCCCACCUUGCCUGCUUGCCAGUCAGGCUCUCCUCUCAACUGGAUGCCAAAGGCUGCCUUGGCCCCCCGUGAAGAACAGGUGGUUGACCUUUUCCCUGCAACUGCGGAGCCUUGAAACGUCCGGCGCCUGGGUCCUCAGCCCACCCCUCAUGGUUUCUGGAAAGCCCAGCCUGCUGGACCAGGAGACCAGAGGGUAGGGGUGAGGGGGUGGAUGUGGGCAGCACACCAGAGCCCUCAACCUGUCUCUACCCCAAAGUGGCGCCACCCCAGCCUCCUUCCCCCAAGAGCCCAGCCCCCACCCUUGCGUCCACCCCAGGCAUUAACCCCCAUGAGAGCACCUCCCUCUCCUGGACUCCAGCUCUUGAACUUGAACUCCCUUACUCAAAGCAAGGAAGGGAGAGCCGAGGCUGAGGCCCUAAGGAAACCUGGGAGUAGGUUUUUAACUUGUGUCAUAAAAGCCCUGGAGAGGACAGCGGAGCAAGACUAUUUAAAAAAAAAAAUAAAGAAGCAAAUUUAUUUUAUCACUGACACCCCCUUAGUACUCUGAGGCCACACCCCUAGGAGAGACAGAGGCAGGAGAGCCCUUUGGGCCUCUUCCCCCAGCAGGGCUGGCAUCUGUCAAAGACUGCCAGGGGUGUUGAAGGCAUCGCAGCAUGAAAUAGCCCUGACCCCCUCCUCUGGCUCAAAGCUGCUGCUGCUGCAUCACAUGGCUGAGGACACCUAUUCACAUACCACCCCCCAACAGAAGAGUGAGGGCGGCCUGGAAUGGGCAGCGGGCAGAACUGUGGGGCCUUCAAGGGGGUGAGCACAGGACUGAGGGACCUCACUCAGACCACUUUCCAGGCUCAACUGGGUUUGAUAAAUCCCUGGGACUCGAGGUUCUCCUUCCACCUUUUAGACAGGCCCCGAAAGCUGUGGCUGCUCCUGGCUACCUCUUGAGAGGCUGGGAGAGGGCACCCUGCAGAGCAUCCAGAGACCAGGCAGAAAGGCGGCUUUCUGGGGUUAAAUGUGGAGCCCUGGCACUCUGGGUUCCACUGCUAAACAAAGGCCCCAUGAUGCAGUUCCUGGGGGGAGGUGGCCUGGGAAAAGGCCACAGAACCCUGAGUUGGGCUGCCUCCACUUUCCUGCAUCCGUGAGCUGAUGCAGGAAGUGACAACCUCACCCUGCUCAGGUCACGCCAUAGAAUCGUGUGCCCGAGAGCACAAGCAGUUGCUGAAGGGUCCAGGAGCCUCCCUGUGCAGCAGCCAUGAAGGCCUGGGCUGGCCGCCCUGGGGUGGGAGGCAGG